AUGAAGCGUUGUAACUACUGCAACAGAGAGAUCUCAAGCAGGUCCGGCCCACAAUGCGACAAAUGUAUAAAGAAUCAAGCCAAAUAUGGCACGGUACGUUGAAUUUAAAACUUCUUUUUUGUUUUUAGACUACUGAAUGCAAGAACUUUCUUUACAAAACAAAAAACGGCAAGAACUUUCUUUACAAAACAAAAAACGGCAAAAACUUUCUUUACAAAACAAAAAAUAGCAAGAACUUUCUUUACAAAACAAAAAACGGCAAGAACUUUCUUUACAAAACAAAAAAUAGCAAGAACUUUCUUUACAAAACAAAAAAUAGCAAGAACUUUCUUUACAAAACAAAAAAUAGCAAGAACUUUCUUUACAAAACAAAAAACGGCAAGAACUUUCUUUACAAAACAAAAAAUAGCAAGAACUUUCUUUACAAAGCAUAAAAUGGCAAGAACUUUCUUUACAGUUCAAGAUACUACAAUAUAAUAACUCUACUGAUAUAUUAUACUUCGUUUUACUAAAUUAAAAUCCAUUUUUAGCCCACAACCUGCAAAUACUGUAAACUACCAGCAGCUUUCGUCGACCAGAAGUGUGUUCACUGUGCAUAUUCGGAGAGGAAGCACGGUGCGCCCAGAGAAUGCUCACAUUGCAAAAGAAGAGCUGCUUUCAAAGAUAAUAGUCGACAAGUAAGAAUUUAAAAAAACCAUUAAUUUUAUAAAAAUUGCAAGAACUUUCUUUACAGAACAAUAAAUGGCAAGAACUUUCUUUCCAUAACCAAAAAUGGCAAGAACUUUUUUUACAAUGCUUUACUUUAUAAUUUUAGGGCUCACUAUACUGCAGGCCAUGUGCAAUGAAGUUGGGCAAAGAGACAGCCGGCUCGAAACACACAAAAAAAGAAUCGUCAAAGACCAAGCAUAAGUAAGUCUAUUCUAUAGUCUUAGUCAUAGCCCUAGCCCUAGCUCCAGUCCAGAUCUUUAGCCCAGGCCCUUAACUCGGACCCUUAGUCCAAAGCCCUAGCCCGGAGACAUACCUCAGAGCUUUAACAUAGGGUUUUAGCUCAUGCCGUAGCCUAUGCCUUAACUCAUACACUAGUCUAUGCCUUAACUCAUGCUCUAGCCUAAACCUUAACUUAAGCCGCAAUAAAACUAAAGCCUAAGCCUUAGCUCACGCCCUGGUUCAUGAUCUAGCUUAUGUCCUAGCGUAAGCUUUAAACCAAGAGCUAGCCCAUACAAAUGCCCGUGCUUUAGCUUGUUUUAUAAUUCAAUGUUCUAUCCUAAGCUAUAGCCUAUAUCCUAUCCUGAACUCUAGUCUUAGCCUAAGCCCUAGCCUCAGUCAUAACCUAAGCUUUAGCCUAAGCUGUAACCACACCCUAGCCCAUGCUUUCUCCCAUGCCUUAGCCUAUGCCUUAGCCUAUGCCUUAGCCUAUGCCUUAGCCUAUGCUUUAGCCUAUGCCUUAGCCUAUGCCUUAGCCUAUGCCUUAGCCUAUGCCUUAGCCUAUGCCUUAGCCUAUGCCUUAGUCUAUGCCUUAGUAUAUGCCUUAGCCUAUGCUUUAGCCCUAGUUUCAGCCUUAGCUCCAUCAUAAUACCCUAGCUUAUGAUCAAGCCCAUUCUCUCGCUCAUGCUUUAGCGUAAGCAAUAGCGUAAGUCAUAGCCCAAGAUCUAGCGCAUUUAUUAGCUUAUGCUUCAGUAGUCCUGACUUUUCAGUUUUUUCGACUUUUUUGUAUUGUACGACACAAUACCCAAGCCCAUAUUUUACUAUUUAAAAUUGUUCCAGUAAAGACAAGCCCUCCAAUUUAUCGCAAACCAAAAGUUUUACCUCAAACGCAUUGGCUAGUAUUAUGCCAAUAAUUCCUAAAAAUGGUUCAAGUGGCACUCCAACAACCUCAGCGAUGGCAUUGAUCGGAGUUGAAUCGCCGGAGGAAAAGAUUCAACAGCUUCGGGAGAAGAACGAAGAUCUUCAGAGACAACUGGUCGAUACUCAGAAACAACUCAAGGAGAAACAGUCAAGGGUAGGGUAGGGUAGGGUAGGGUAGGGUAGGGUAGGGUAGGGUAGGGUAGGGUGGGGUAGAGUACUAAAAUGAUAGUUUUGUGUUACAGAUAGUAGAUCUAGAAGCCGAACAACACCGUAAAGACAAAGAGUUCAGAGAAAAGAAUCAACAAAAUCAGAAGCUCUUUGAUACGACGCUACAAAAUCUACAAGAUCAAAUCAAACAGUUGAACAGAGAGGUAAGAGAAUAUAAAAUAGCAAGAACUUUCUUGACAAAACAAGAAAUGGCAAGAACUUUCUUUACAAAUCAAAAAAUGGCAAGAACUUUCUUUACAAAAAAAAAUUCUAAGUUACUGUACUUUCAGCUAGCCUCAAAGAAACGUUGA